UAGCUACUAGCUAAUUAGUUGAUAAUUAUUAUAUUUCCUUUAAACUAUAGUUUAAAAUGUAUUCAUGCGUCAUGCCUACAUAUAUAAAUAGAAGAUGUAACCAACAUCAUGUCUUAUGCAACUUCUGUCAUUUCCAAAGUAACCAAGUCCAAGUACAAUUAAGAACAUGACGGGAGAGUUUGAGAUGGCCGGAACUUGGUGGAGCUCGCCAAUAAACACCGCCACCUCCGUAUUCACCGGCUACUCGCUGCCACGUCCCACUGAGAGUAGCCUCGACAUCACAGAUUUCGGGUGGCAAAACUUCGACAACAAAACUAACGAUCACAAUGAUGAUUUUAUGAACAUGCAUAACAGUUUCUUCGAAGGAUUAUUCGAUCCUAAUGAGCAAUUACUGUCAGAUUCUUGGCCUAAAACUACAAUUUCCGCGAAAUCAGAGCUACUCGAAAGCUUUCCAUUCUUAGAUAACAUAUUACUGAUUGAUUCAGAAGCUCAUGAUCAGAUCAAAGAUCAUAAGUCUUUGGAGCAAACUACACAAGACUGCAUGAAUCUUACUUCAAAGGCACGUAACUAUAUACUAAUAGGAAUCAAAACCUACGUAAUAUUUUUUGACUAAUAUUAGAGUUGUCAAUUAACAAAAAAAAUAAUCUUUCAGAGGAGUGAAAGGACUGAAGAGUUAAAAGAGAACAACGAUGAAAACUCACCACGAUUAUUAAAAAGGGCAAGAAUGGAUACAUUAUCUCCAUUGCCAAGCUUCAAAGUUCGUAAAGAAAAACUUGGUGAUCGAGUCACUGCGCUUCAGCAAUUGGUUUCACCAUUUGGCAAGACAGAUACGGCUUCGGUUCUCAACGAAGCUGUUGAGUACAUCAAGUUUCUUCAAGAACAAGUCACCGUGUUGAGUAAUCCAGACCAGAACACCAGAGGAUCUGUUCAACAACAGCAGUGUUCAGACAAGAAAUCUAUCAACAGUUCUCAAGAAGAAGAAGAAUGUAGUUCAAGAAGACACCUAGACCUAGCGAGCCGUGGCCUAUGUCUGAUGCCGAUCUCAGCUUCAUAUCCAGUGGCUGCAGCCGCGGCUUCUGCUGCAGAGAUGAACACAUCUGACUUCUGGAAUCUUACAUUCGCGAUGAACUUGUAAAUUAGACAGAUACAUAAACAAAAAUUAAAGCUCUCUUUGGGAUAUAUCUUGUAAAGUUUAAUGUUUCUUUUAUGCAGUGUAAAUGUCCUGUAAUACUGCAAGGCCUAUAUUGUU